CUUAUGAUGAGACCCGUUGACCGGUCUUGAUUGGAAGCCUCGGUAUCCGGAUAUGAGCGUCACUAAAUCAGCAUCAAGCGCAACACGCAGCUGCUUUGGGAAAUGGCCGGACUAUCCAAACUGUCCGACAGAUUUCGAUGCGAGUGAGAUGAUCCUCAUAUAAAAUGCGUACAGUAGCCUGCACUUCACCGGCCAUGUAACUUCUAGUGUUGUGAAAUCAUUAUGCAAGAGAACAAACCGGACUGCUUGUACCAGCGGUAUCCCAAGGACAUAAUGACUUCGGCUGUUCCCCGAUCGGGAUUUGUUGUCUUUUGCGUGAUUUUAGUCAUGAUUUGUGCCCUGUACCCUGUGUUGAAGACACUGUCUGUUCAGAUUCACUCUGCUGUCACAGGAAGCUAUGUGGCCGGAUAUCACUCUGUGCUGCUUGUCAACUGUCCCACAGAACAAACCGCUAGAGACAUUGGCAGGUACUACUGGAAAGGAGAGAUACGGGAUACUUCAGAAAUACUGUUGCUUGUGAGGACAAGAACAUCUCUGGUGCAGGGACUUGUGACUUAUAUUAAAGCUGUGCAUCCAUAUGACAUUCCAGAAAUCAUCAGUUUUCCUAUUGAUGAUGGAAGUCAGCAUUACUUGAUGUGGAUGGAAGAUGCCGUCACUGAUAUUUGACACAUCAUUCUGCAAUACAGUGGAAAAGCUCUCUUGUUGGAAGCUCACUAUACAGAAACACUGAGGGAUAUGGGAACAUGAACACAAAUUCUCAGGUUAAUGGGAACCCUGGCCCACACAAUGAAUGUCUGUUAAUAUAAAGAUCAGUGCAUACAUUUACUGGAUGGAGGUGUGGAAAGGGAUUCUGAUGUGUUUUUACCAGUACUAUUACAUGUAUGCAUUUAGCAGAUGCUUUUAUCCAAAGUAACAAAUAAAAUAAUAACAAAACAAAAAUAUCAAAGAACAAAAAAAAUAAAAUGUAUCCCAGGGUUAUUAGACGGCUAGAUUUGGAAGCAAGCAAAGCAGAGGAGAAAUGCAGAAAAUAAAAAUAUUUAUUUUAUAUUUGAAGCUAAGAAUUAGCUGAAAAAAAAACACAUGAAAGGCAUUUUAAAGGCUUUAUCAUUUUCAAGAUGCCUUUCAUACUUUUCAUAAUUGGAUGAGACUGUUAUUGUGGUCCAUUUCAGUGACCCGAGCAUAUAUAUUUAUUGACUAUUUUCUCAUGAUUUACUUUAUUAUGAAGAGUAUAAUUUAAAGCUAAUAUGAAUUCAUUUAAAAUAUGCUCAUUUAUACAACUUAUUUCUAAUGGUUGGUUAAGUGUUAAUGUAGGCCUAGUGGUUGAGCAAAAUUUGAGUGCUUGUUUUUAUUUUAUUUUUUUUAUUUUUUUUUUUUAAUAAUGCAUUAAUUUCAAAAUAAAUAAAUGGAAUCUCUUCAAAUUUGGCUUCGA